GACCAGAUCUGCGCAUGUGCCGACUUCCGAUGUUGAAAAGUCAUGGCAGAGAAGAGAAGUGUCUCUGAGCGACCGCUGCUGUUUUUGAUUGUUUUUAUAGUCUUUCUACAUUUAUUUAUAUGCCCAUUUACAAAGGUUGAAGAAAGUUUCAACUUACAAGCAAUACAUGAUAUUUUGUACCACAGACUUGAUCUCGAAAAGUAUGACCAUCACGAAUUUCCCGGUGUAGUUCCACGGACAUUUUUGGGGCCAGUGUUUAUUUCAGUUCUGUCAUCGCCAAUGGUGUAUAUACUAUAUUUUCUGGAUGUGCCAAAAUUCUACACUCAAGUUAUUGUGAGAGGCGUGCUGGGGAUGUGUGUGGUUUUUGCUCUCUGGCGCAUGCAGAAUGAGGUUCGGAAGCAGUUUGGGACCACUGUUGCUGGAUUUUUUUGUCUCAUCUGUACAUCACAAUUCCAUCUCAUGUUUUAUGCCACCAGGCCACUGCCAAACGUUUUUGCUCUGCCUAUAGUUGUUCUGGCAUUCACAUCAUGGAUGGCGCAGAAGCACGGUUCCUUCAUAUGCCUCUCAGCAUUUGUCAUCAUUGUGUUCCGCUCUGAGCUUAGCCUCUUCCUGGGCCUGAUGCUACUGAUGUCGCUGCUGAGCAGGAGACUGACUAUACUACAGCUGUUUUACUUUGCCAUACCAUCUGGUAUUCUGUCAUUAAGUCUCACUGUAUGUGUUGACUCUGUGUUCUGGAAACAAAUACUUUGGCCUGAGGGUCAAGUUCUGUGGUACAACACAGUCUUAAACAAAAGUUCUGACUGGGGAACCUCACCCUUUCUGUGGUACUUUUACUCAGCCCUUCCUCGUGCCCUGGGCAGCACUCUGUUCUUCAUUCCUUUGGGUCUUUUUGACAGGCGGAUGCAAACACUGUUAAUUCCAACUGUUGGGUUCAUUCUGCUGUACUCUCUCCUGCCUCACAAGGAGCUUCGCUUCAUCGUCUACACCUUCCCUGUGUUCAACAUCGUGGCCGCCCGGGGCUGCUCCUACAUUUUGAACAACUACCACAAAUCCUGGUUGUAUAAAAUUGCAUCCUUGAUUGUGGUUGGUCAGUUGAUGACAAAUGCUGCCUACACAAGCAUGUCCUUGUGUGUCUCUCAUCACAAUUAUCCUGGAGGGAGAGCUAUGUUGGAACUACACACAUUAGUUCCUGCCACCUCAGAUGUCUCUCUACAUAUUGAUGUAGCGGCAGCACAAACAGGAGUCUCCCGCUUCUUAGAAAUGAAUGGAAGCUGGAAAUAUAGCAAAAAAGAGGGCAUGGUACCAGGGGAUUCCCAAAUGAAGACCUUUACUCAUAUAUUGAUGGAGGCUAACUCAACCCAGAUAGCAUUACUCAGAGACUCGCAUCAGCCAGUUACUUUCAUUCAAGGCUACAAUAAUUUAAUGUUUAAUUUCUUCAGCUUUCCCCCAUUCAGUAUUAAGCUGGACAACAAACUGGUGCUAUUAGAACAAUUAAAACAUAAACCUAGCUGAAUGUUUGAUGUAAAAAUGACUACUUUUGUAGAAUGGGAUUUUGUUGGUUUGGACAUUCUUAAGGAAACAUUCCACCUUUUUUGUAACAGGGCGCUACUGAAUGUGCCGUCUUACUUAAUAUUGAUGACGUCAUUCUCCAUAGCAGGCUGCUGUAUAAAUUGAGCACUGAGCCAAGUGAGAGAUCCACUAUAUCAUAAUUAUUUAUGCCAGGCUCCUGGGCCUGUGUCUAACAGAGAUGCAAAGGAAUAUUGGGAAAUUAACCUGUAAACUGUACUUUCAGAAUCAUCAUAUUAGGUCUGAAAGAAUUUUUGCACUUCAAUGACAAAGACAACACAUUUUAAAGUCUUGGACAUAGUGGAUUGUAACCUCAUUAGAAGAGGGGGGAAAUGUGUUUACUGAGCUUUAGUUAUCAGGUCAGUGAUAACGUCUGUGUAAACAAAUAAAUUAUUACAAAGAGCCUGUGGCCCUGAAAUAAGGAUGUGAAGUACAAAUUGAUGCUGUGUUUACGGAUUAAAUUUUGGUACUUUUGCAGGAA